CCGCAUUUUUCAAUUACCUAUUAUUUGACAAUAUUAUUUCAAACUUAUUUCUAUGAUCUAACAACAGAGUUGCUUUGGAAGCCCAACUGUAAAUUGUUUUUCUAAAUGUAUCAUUUUACGUUUUGGUAUGAGCAUCAAAGAUCGCCUAAAAACGGCAUAUGAAAACGUUGCUCUGAAUGGAGAUACAACUUGGACAGACUCGACCAAUACAUUUCAGGAAGCGAACAAGAAACUUUUCAGUAGAGAACAACAACUCAAAAAUAUUAGAAUUAUAGAAGAAAGGCCUAGGACAGUUAAAGAUUCAAUACCCCACAGUAAAUUAGCAACGUAUGACGAUUACGAAUACAAUGAAGCUAGAGAAUUGUGCUACACAAGAUGCAUACAGAAAACUCAGAUCGAAUUCCUCUCUAAAGAAACCUCGAGAGAUGCUCAGGAGGAACCUUGGCUAUUACCAGAUGUUGAUACGUUGUUUAUAUGGUUUAUAUGUUGUCAAAAUCAAAAAAGAAAUGACUGCGGCGCUUUCGAGUACUGUAACCAACAUGGCAUGCGACACCAUAAGCCAAUGGAGGAACAAGAUAUUCACGUAGUGUCACCUCUGCUAAACGCUGUUGGUUUUCAGGAAAAAAAACUCAAAAUGGCUGUAAUAUCAGAUAAAGUAAAAAUAAUUUGGAAUACUCAAAAGGACGAUUUACGUCAACGAUGUAUAGCAUUCGCCAGAGACAUAGAUUUAACUUUAAGCAAGUUGCCCAGUUUACAAUUUUACAACGGCCCUUACGAUCCGAGAGGUCAGGGACCUUUUUUAGACGAGGUAUCAGAGUCGGCCAUCGAAUUCGAUCAUUUGAAGGAUCUGGCGACCUCGUUCAAGCAACAGAACGGCUGGAUGAGCAAGAGCCAAGUCACUAUCCAGGAGCUGGACCCGGAACCGAUCGAACCGAAGAUCGAGGAACCCUAUGUGGAAGACAUCAAAGCUGAUGAACCCGUAUGCCCCAAAAGGUUAUAUUCGGCCGUACUGCAGGGACUCACGUCAACAGAACUGGCGAAAAAAGAUUCCAGCAGUCCACCGAAAGCCGUACCCAAGCUAGACACUCCGAGUUCGUUGAACAUGAUCUUUCCGAAAUUCUCAGUGUGCUGCGCGUCUUCGGUCGUUUCGACCGUGACCGAUUUCGGCGGUUCUCCAAGCCAUCAGCAGAAUCAAGAGGAACAGAAUCAAGUGAUCAAAACCGAAAUGAGAAUUCAGAAAAACACCUCCAUCCAGACGAACGUGAAGAUUCUUCCGAAGGCCAAGAGCGUCGAGACGACGCCACCUGCGAAGACGACUAACGUCGUCAGGGAAACAUUGCAGCAAAACAGCGAAGACUUUAGGAGUCCGAAUGCCGUCAGUUUUCCUUUGAUCGCGCAAUCAUCUUACAUGAAUAAUUACAGCUAUCAGUUUAACGCUUCCCAUUACUCGAACACGUAUCAGAAUAGUUGCGGUUGUACGAACACUUUCUCGCACACGUCCCAAGUGAUAACGAACAGAAACAUGCAGACGUUUCCACGUCAAAGCCCCUUUAUCCCUAGCCAGUUUCAGUACGCACAGCCUGUAUUGAUGUUACAGCAGAAUCGCACGUCUAUCUAUCCCAUAUCGCAGCCAGUUCAAACGCCUUACUACUACCAACCUCUACAGCAAACCAGAGUCAUGCAACGAUGGAUCGUCCCCCAGAGCUAUUCCAGGCCUAACAUGACCCAGGGGAACUUCUUGAACCCCCAUUUCGUGCCUCAGUCCUCCAGCUUAUGGAUGGGGCCGAAUCAACAGCAAUCCGUGCCGUCGACAUCUCAAUAUUUCAUGGAUAACCGAUUGAAAACUAAACCUAAAAAAGCUACGCAACCUCAGAUGAACAUCCUGAAGAGUAAAUCCAGGAAAAAUCCGGUAGACAGCACCGCGUCCACCGAGACGACCGACAGCGAAGUCAUACCACGCAGUUUAUGCGCCAACUCGACUUCUUCGUGUAUCGAUGCACCUCCAACGAUGGUCCAACAACUGAACAAGCUGGCGUUGGCUUCGCAGCUGAAGGUGAAGAGCGACUUCGAAGAGGUGGUGAGUAAAACGGUUAACCUACUCUUCGAAGAGGACGUUCCCGUAACAUCAACAGUAUCGGAAGAACUGGAGAUACAGGCGCUCGAACAAUACUGCAACUCCAACGAUAACGUGUACCAAGAGCUGGAACGGCAGGCGGCCGAACAGUACGACGAACUGUCGGAAAACUUGAGGGGCCCCCCGACUCAUGACUUACUAUUCGGGGGGCUGAGUAGCUUUUUCCCAUGUUCGAUUGAUGUAAAUGUGUAAUAUUCCCCUAGUAUAAUCGUUUUUCGUCCAAAUUUUGUUCAGUUCAAUCGGGUAGUUAGGUUUUGUUAAGUUUGAUUUUUUUCUAAAUUGAAUACCCUCUACUAUAAGUCCUUAACGCCAAUAAAAUUUUUACAAAAACAAAACAAAGGUAAAAAAGAAUAAAAACCAUUACUUUCUCGACUUUCA